AUAAGACAAUACCGACGUUUGGAUGAUGGUUCCUUAAACGUGGUUGCUCGUGGUCAGCAGCGAUUCCGCAUGAGGCGCUCUUGGAUAGAUGUGGAAGGAGUGCCAUGUGCUGAAGUCCAGAUUGUUAAGGAAGAUAUCCCUCUAAGAACACCAAAGGAUGCUUUUGCAGAGUUGGCUGCUGUAACUGACUUUAGAAAACGCCACUACCCCUCUGCAAAGGUGUCAGGCUUUUCUCCUUUGCAGCUACAUAAUAAAAUGCUAACUGAUAAUGACUGGGAAUGCAUGUCCGGUACAAGCAACGGUAGUGAUCAUUCAGAUAUCGACUUGAAAUUUUGUUUGUCAGGAUAUGAUUCCUUUGGUGGAUAUGAGAGAAUUCAAGAAUGUUCAAGCAGUGAUGAAGAAGAGUUUGCAAACAGACCUGGGAAGCUAAAAGGAAAAUCUCAUACCAGCAAAUCACAUGGGUUAGACCGGAAUUACAAGUCUGGCUAUGUGUGCGAGCAUCAUAGGCCUGAUUUGGAUUUGGUGAAAGAGUCGACACCAGAGAAAAAAUCUAGUGGAGUAAAAUGUGGAGCUACUGAUAGUUUAAGACGGAUUCCAAAGGCCUCCUUGUCUUUCUGGCCUGGGUGGAUCUACCAAAUGCAUGAUUCUUAUGCUCUUGCUCGAAGGGCAGCAGAAUUGUGGAAGAAGAUAGUUGGAACUCCAAAACUGGAUGAUUACAUCAGGAAGCCAGAUAUUCUGUCAUUUCAUAUUGGCAGCAAACUUCCUGUCUCUGAAUCUACUAGGCAAGAACUCUUAGAGAUUGAUGGGAUAUCAUAUAGACUGCGCAGGGAGAUUCAGUUGCUUGAGUCCUUUAAUCACAUACGCUGCAAAAGCUGUCGGACUUUAAUUGCAAAUCGGAGUGAUAUGGUUGUAAUGUCUAGUGAUGGGCCCCUCAAUGCUUAUGUCAACCCGCAUGGCUAUGUGCAUGAAAUCAUAACUGUAUACAAUGCCACUGGGCUUGCUCUCAUUGGUUCACCUGACAAGGAGCAUAGCUGGUUUCCUGGAUAUGCUUGGACUAUAACCAAUUGUGCUCACUGUGAAAAGAACAUGGGCUGGCUGUUCACCGCAACUAAGAAGAAACUGCUUCCCAAAUCCUUUUGGGGGAUCCGUAGUUCUCAAGUUGUUGAUGAUACCAUGCUAGACUAAAGCUAAGAAGAGAAAAUAUGAGUAGCAUUGCUGGUUGCAGCUGGUGAAGAUAAGGUAUUACUGUUGAUAUUACUUGAUUGUUGUACUGUGAUGACCCAAGAAUUUGUGGGAUGGUCCUUUUGAUUAGCUGCUUUGUAAUGGCAACUCGUGAGUGGAGGGGUUAAAUGCUUAGUGGAUCCUAGUUCUCCUAGGCAGCCUAGGAAGAUGACGUAGUUCGGAUUUUUUUUUUUUGUUGAAUUUGAAUCCAUUUUAGUAGUUGUUGAAAAAAUGUACAGUUGCUUUUCUCUAUGGAUCAAUCAUGUUAUCAUUAAUUAUGUCAAAAUUGAUAGGGCUGAGUUUGUUAGGGAUCUUUCAUAUCCCUUUUGUCAUAA